UGGCAAAAGCUAUUCGCUUACGCGAUCUUACGAAAUGUCGUUGAAAUUUAGUCUAAUUUUUGCCCUCUGCUUGGCGGCAGUGGCCGUAAGCCAUGCUGAACGUGCGCGUUAUGACAACUAUCGGGUGUACCGUGUGACCGCAUCCGAUGCCAAUGAAUUGGCUUUCUUGAAAGAGAUGGAAGACUCAAGUGACUCUCUGAUCUUCAUGGAAGGUGUACACUCUGUGGAUCGUGAUAUUGAAGUGGUCGUAGCGCCCCACAAGUUACCCGACUUCCUGAGAUCUUUGGAUGACAAAGAGAUCGAUUAUGUGCUGGUGGAGAAGAACUUGCAAGCACAAUUAGAUGAUGAUGAUGAAGUUCAAAUUAAGGGACGUGCCAAGGCUUACGGUUGGACUGAAUAUCAAACACUAGAUGAAACCUACAGUUGGUUGGUAUCAUUGACGAAAGCCUAUCCAGGCAUUGUGUCCGUAAUUGAUGGUGGCAAGUCCUAUGAGAAGCGUACCAUUUUGGGUAUUAAGAUUUCCUUCAGCAAAGGAAAAGUGCAGAAACCUGGUAUCUUCAUUGAGGCUGGUAUGCAUGCACGUGAAUGGAUUGCACCAGCAACAACUACCUACAUCAUCAAUCAAUUGUUGACAUCUAAGGAUGCGGCUAUACAAGAUUUGGCACAGAAUUACGAUUGGUACAUCGUGCCACAUGCCAAUCCUGAUGGUUAUGUCUACACUCACACUACCGAUCGUAUGUGGCGUAAGACACGUCAACCACAUGGCACAUGCUAUGGCGCCGAUCCGAAUCGUAAUUGGGACUUCCACUGGGGUACUGUUGGUAUUAGCAAAAACCCCUGCUCUGACACAUACGCCGGUCCAAGUGCAUUCUCCGAAAUUGAAGCUAAAUCAUUGGCCAACUAUCUGAAAACACUUAAUGGCAAAAUUCAAUUGUACAUCUCAUUCCAUUCCUUCUCUCAAUAUGUGUUGUAUCCUUAUGGUCACACCUCCGAGUUACCUGAGAAUGCCGCUGAUUACAAACGUGUCUUCGAUGUUACUGUGAACGCUAUCAAGCAACGUUAUGGUACCAAAUAUACUGGUGGUAAUAUCUACGAUGCUAUUUACCCAGCUUCUGGCGCUAGUGUGGAUUGGGCUUUCGCCAAUAUCGGCUCUCGCAUGGCAUUCUGCCUCGAAUUGCGUCCGGGUCCAAAUGCUUUAAUUCCAGGCUUCAAACUGCCAGCUAAUAAAAUUCUACCCACCGCUGAGGAAACUCUGGAUGGCGUUAUCGCUAUGGUUAACGAGGUUAAGGCUUUGGGUUAUUUUAAGUGAUCUAACGAAUACCAUUAAAUGACUACAUACUAAAUAUAAAAUUACCACAAA